CCUGUCAGGCUUUACUCAGGGACAUGGAGACCCUAAUACCUAGCAACGGUUGCUAACAACAAUUAAUGUUGUAGUUUGUCAGCUGUGCGUCCUCAGAGACUCCACCGUGUUUUCACUUUGAACUUUCAGCUGUCCAUUAAAGACCAUUGGAGCAAUGCCACGGGGAAGAUCUGCUGUAAGUGCUCGCUCAGACACCAGUGAAAUGGAUAUUGAUGGCACAGAAUCUGAGAUGGCCAAGCUGCAGAGACAGUUCAAAAUUAUGGAAGGAGAUCGGCAGGCAUACAAUCUUCAGGCCCGGGAGCAGAUACGCAAACAAGAGCAGGAGAUAGAGAAGCUGCGGAAGGAGCAGGAGGAGGUGCAUCGAAACCUUGGAGUGUGUAAGAGCUCAUCACGCCAACAACAGGACGGUGAGGAUGCCCAGAGUCUUCGAGCUCUGCUGGAGCAGAAAGAUGUGAUGGAGGAGGAGUUGAAGAAGGAGAGGCAGUGUCAAAAAGAGAUUGAGAAAGAGAUAUCAAGCAUGGAGUUGAAGAUUGCAGAACAGAGAAAAUGCAAGGUCAAUGCUAGUACUACACAGAGGAAUGAGGUUAGAAAAUCUGAAAAAUCUAUUCACACUUUGGAAUACAGACUGGACAGGGCCUUAACACGCUUCAAUGAGCAGCUGAACAACAACAGCCACCUGCGGGAGGAGCUGCAGACUCUUCAAAUCGAGCGUGUCCGUUUCCAGCAACUUAAAAACCGCCUAGAAAAGGAACUUUACGAUAUACGCAAGAAGAUCGGGGAAGUUGUCAUCCAGUCCACUGCUGCUUACGAUGCCAGGGCGGAGGCUCAGUCCAAGAUGACCAUGAUGAAGGAGAAGGCAGAGAAGGACCUCGCCCAGUACAAUGUUGAGAUGAAGGAACUGGAGAGGGUUAUCGCACACGAGUGUAGCCUGAAAGAGUUUAUGACCACAAAGUGCAGCGAGAAGAGAGGAGAGGAUGGCGGCCAUGAGGCAGGACACAGACAAUUGCUGAAGGAGCACAGGAGGAUGGAUUCAGGAGAAGAAUCUCUGGAUACUCUGGAGGAGGUGUUUGAGAAGAUCCAGACUGUGACGGGGGAGGACAACCUGGACCUGCUGGUUACCAGAUUCAUCCAGGUUGAAGACCGGAACUUUGCGCUCUUUAAUUUCGUGAAUGAGCAAAACAAUGAGGCUGAGGUUCUGAGGGAUCAAAUCAGCCAGAUACAAUCAGAGAUUGAGCAGUUUGGAGAAAUCGCUUUGCAACAGGAGCAGGAUCAUCGCUCCCUGAUGAGAGAAUUUGAUGAGAAACAAAAAGAGAUUGAGUAUCAAGCUGAGGACUGUGAACAGCGAGCCAGCAUCAACAGCAAAAUCCUGGACCAGAUUAAAACAGAAGUGAACAGCAUAGUGUCUAAAAUAGAGUGUGACUGCUCAGUGAUCGAGGAUAAACUGGGCUCCUCUGCAGGGAUCAGUGAGAACAACAUCAUGUCCUACCUGGGUUUGGUGGAGCAGAAGGCCAAUGAGCUGCUCACCAUACAAGCUUUCCUCAACUCUAAAGAUCUGGAGAAAGACUAUAGUCCUAAAGACCUGGCUAAAUUUCUUUUGGGUCAAAACCCAGAGCUGCUUCAGCAAACCAUCACCAUUCAACCUGCGAUUGACAGUUUGGAGUAUGAGGAGUCUCCUGUCACUGAUGAGGAAGAGCGACCGCUUUCACAGGGGGAACUUCGCAGACGGAUUAUGAAAGGCGUUCAGCAGAAAGACGGUUCACGCCAGCAGGCAGCAUCGAAGGCUGCAAAGAUUUGAUGGCAGAUUACGCUCUCUGGAUGAUCCAAACCAAUAAACUGUGAUGGAGUUAACUGA